AUGCGCCACCAGCUGAUUGAGGUGAUCAACCGCCUGCACGCGGUUUUUGCGUCCACACCGACGUUUGGAAGUGACCUUGAAAUACCGCAAAUUAUAGCGAUUGGCUCCCAAAGCUCUGGGAAGAGCUCGAUUCUUGAAAACAUUGUUGGGUUUGAAUUUCUCCCUCGUGGGACUGACGUCGUUACAAGGUGCCCAAUUGUUCUCCAACUACACAACGUCGACGAUGCGGUCACAUUUGGCGAAUUUUCUCAUCUUCCCAACCGUCGCUUUGAAAACUUUUCCGCCAUUAAGAGCGAAAUCAUUUCACGUACAAAAGUGCUUGCCGGCGAGAACAAAGGCAUCUCUAGGGUAGGAUGGCUGCGUUGCUUUCUCAUCACAUUCGUCCCAAAUUUGUCUCUAGUGGAUUUGCCCGGCAUUACAAAGAUUCCCGUGGGCAGCCAGCCCAGAGAUAUUGAGAAUAUGAUUCGCGAAAUUAUUUUGUCAUAUGCAAGGAAGCCAUCUUCGCUUCUGUUGGCAAUCAUUCCGGCCAACAUUGACAUUGUCAACUCGGAAGCGCUCAAAUUUGUGUCUGAGAUAGACCCAGCAGGCCAAAGGACACUGGGCGUGCUGUCGAAAAUCGAUCUCAUGGAUCAGGGCACAAAUGCCCUCGAUAUUUUGUUGAACCGCGGUCCUGUGCGCCUUGCACUUGGAUUUGUCGGGGUGGUGUGUCGCUCGCAAAAGGCCAUCAAUGAAGGGACUUCUAUCCAGCAAUCUUUGGAAAAUGAGGAGAAAUUUUUUUCUUCCCAUCCCAUUUACAAGUAUGCUUGUGCGUAUCGUUUAUUUUAUUUGCAGAUCCAGCCCCAACAUCAGAUGCGGCACAGAGUCAAUCUCACAUGUGCUUUCAAGCAUAUUGCUGCGGCAUAUUCGGGCCAGCAUUCCGACACUGAAGUCGCAAAUUAUGGCCCUACUAUUGAACACACAGAACGAGUUGAAGGGCAUUGA